AUGUCUGAAUACACAAUCCGUAGAAAUGAAAGAACUGGUACUAUUAUCUCACCUUUCCAUGAUAUUCCAUUAUUUGCAAAUGAAAGCAAAACUGUCUUGAAUUUUAUUGUGGAAAUUCCUAGGUGGACAAAUGCUAAAAUGGAGAUUUCCAAAGAUGAACCAUUUAAUCCAAUAAAACAAGAUAUAAAAAAAGGAAAACUUCGUUAUGUCCGCAAUUGUUUUCCACAUCAUGGAUAUAUUUGGAAUUAUGGAGCUUUCCCUCAAACAUGGGAAGAUCCAACUCAAACACAUACUGAAACAAAAGCUAAAGGUGAUAAUGAUCCACUUGAUGUAUGUGAAAUUGGUGAACAAGUAGGUUACACUGGUCAAGUUAAACAAGUUAAAGUUCUUGGUAUUAUGGCUCUUUUGGAUGAAGGCGAAGCAAAAAAUAAAAAAUAUGCUACCGAAAUUAUUCAUGAAACUCAUGAAGCUUGGCGUCGUAUAAUUAAUGGACACAUUCCUUGCAAGACAGAAAAAUAUGAUCUUUCUAUUUACAACUUGACGAAUGACGCAAGUUCUGGUAAAAUAACUCCGGAUAAUCCCAUUUAUCAAGCUAUUCGUCAAGAUGAAAUUUUAAAACCUGCUCCAAUUGACCCAUCCAUUGACAAAUGGUUCUUUAUCUCUGGUACUUCUAAUAUGUAA